UGACUGCGAGGGUUCAGAGAUCAGUGUCGUCACGAUCCAAGUACAAUCAAGCCACGCCCCUUGGUACCGUCAGGCUGAGGAGUCCGUAAGAAAAUGUCGGGCCGCUCAGUCAGAGCCGAGACCCGCAGCCGGGCUAAAGAUGACUUCAAAAAAGUGAUGGCAGCCAUCGAGAACGUCCGCAGAUGGGAGAAGAAAUGGGUGACAGUCGGGGAUACAUCCCUGCGGAUAUUCAAAUGGGUUCCUGUAAUCGAUGGCAAGGAUCAGAAAGAGAAAAUGAAGGGAAACGUGUCUACAGAUGGUGCUCCGACUCCUGCCAAUUCUUCUCUGCUGCUAGAAUUCCAAGAUGAGACCAGUAACCAAAGUUCAUUGUCUGACAUGUACCAGCCAAAGGUGGAAAGCAGCACUUCCAGUCCAAGCCCUCCACGCAGCGUCUCCCCAAGCCCUGUUCAUAACUUAGACUCUCAGCCACCUACCUUGGGUCAAGAAAGUCUAGAAGACCCCUCCAUGCCUCACAAAGAAGUGGCUGACGAACCCCCAACCCUCACCAAGGAAGAGCCAUCUCUAUCCUCUGCACAGGCAGGGGGGCUAGAUGAGUCUGGAGCUCCACCUCUGAAGAGGGUAUGCCCUGAUGUGUCUUCCCAGGCUCCUGCCAUUUUGGAAGGCUAGUUCCAGUUACUCAUCACACUUUUACUCUUCCUGCUCCAGCCUUUGGAGAUAUCUAGUUGAUACAGUUUGCACUGGAGGCUGAAAAUUGUGUAAUUAUCUGAAAUUGCACUUUUUCAUAUGAGGGACGAUCACACAACCUCAUAAGUGCACAAGCCUUUGCAUAUAUUCUUUUGUCAGAACCUUAGCACUCUUCUGUAAUAUCAUGGCAGGUCUUUGAAUGACUGUGCCAAGAAAAAUGCUUCCUUCUGCCAAUCUAGAUCUUCAGCUUAGCAAACCUUUCCUAGACUGUCUUAGCACAUUAGAUACAUGAAGCUUGUUCCUUCAAUUUGUAGUCUGACACAUACUGUAUCAUACCAAGCUUUCCAGGUGAUGUUAUCCCACAUGUUUUUCCAAUAAUUUGAAUCCCCUGACCUUGUUUUUUGUUGUAUUACCUGCCCCCAAAUCUGAGACAUUCUGCAGACAUAUCACUGCUAGAAGAAGGAACUUUCUAAAGACUCUUCCUCACUGAAAUGCACUUUACAUUAUUGCCAUUCAGUCCCAGGACUGGCAUAUGGGCUCAGAACCUCCCAAACCUAGGGCUACCCAUACAAAGGAGUCUUUUAUGGUCUCAUCACUGCCCAAGCAAAGGACAUUCUUGUCUCCUCACCACUCAAACCCAGAAUAGUCUGAAGGUCUCAUGAGCAUCCAUACCUAAAACUGCCCAAACAGGUACUGAAUGACAGGGUAAUUUCAGCCAAUCCUGUGUUUUUGUCACAUCUGAACUAGGCAUUUCCCAAAGAGCUGCUCAACAUUUAGGUAGGAGGUGGCCACCACCUAACAGAGGACUUUCUAAAGGACUCCUCCUCAGCAAGAACCUGGCACUUUAACUCAUGACCACCCAGUCCCACAGCCCAUGCCUUGGAUUGUUUGAUGUGCACAUGGUUACCAAAACCAGGACAGUAUGAAGAUCUCAUGAUAAGCCAUUCCUUAGACAGUGAUCCCCAACCAGUAGCUUGUGAGCAACAUGUUGCUCUCCAACCCCUUGGAUGUUGUUCCCAGUGGCCU